AUGGCUGUCAACUUGAACGAAUCUGGUGUGCAGUCCGCAUCACCUGUUACGGUGAGCCUUGGUGAUCUGCAAUCAGGCUCCGUACCCUUCGACGCCCUUGAGGAUGCUUUCGGUCCCGAUUCCCUAGGAAUCAUUGUCGUUCGUGACCUGCCAUCUGAAUUUGUUGCCAUGAGAAAGGCCCUGCUGUCGUAUUCUUCCUAUCUGGCCAAUCUGCCCCAGGCCGAACUUGAAAACCUCGAAAACCCUCAAAGCAGUUACCUAGUAGGCUGGAGUUGUGGCAAAGAGACGCUCAAGGACGGCAGGUACGACACGCUGAAGGGAUCCUACUAUGCCAACCCAGUUCAAAACCCAGAGCUGCACCAAAAAGCCGUCGAGAAGUUCCCCAACCUUCCAGAGUACAACGCGGCAAACAUCUGGCCAAGCAACCAUAUCCUCCCUGGCUUCGAACCUGCUUUCCAGUCUCUGUGUACCUUUAUCGUUGACACUGCUGCGCUCGUUGCCCGAGCCUGUGACCGUUACGCCGUCAAGAACGUUCCUCAAUACCAACAAGGAUACCUGGAGCACGUUGUCAAAUCGAGCAUCUCUACAAAAGCCCGUUUGCUUCACUACUAUGCUCCGACCGCGAACCAAGGCCAAGGAGAGAGCUCGCCCGACGACUGGUGCGCGACGCAUCUGGACCACGGUUGUUUGACCGGCUUGACGUCUGCCAUGUUCAUAGAUGAGGCAGCCAACCCUCCUCACCUCAGCUCCUCCGAGUUCUCACCCUUGCCAGAACUGUCAUCGCCGCCGGAUCCGGCUGCUGGACUAUAUAUUCACUCCCGCUCUGGCAAGGUGGCCAAAGUAAACAUACCAAAGGAUUGCCUCGCCUUCCAGACAGGAGAAGCUCUCGAGGUCAUCACCAAGGGUAAGUUUAGAGCGGUACCGCACUUUGUCAAAGGUGCCGCACCUGGCAAGGGUGGCCAGGUUGCUAGAAACACUCUGGCAGUCUUCACUCAGCCAAACCUUUGGGAAAUGGUUGAUGAGAAGCGCGACUUUGCCACCUUUGCCAAGGAGAUUGUUGAGCGUAACCACUGA